AAAGGAUCAAAGGAAAGCAUCACCACCACCAGCACUGAUGAUGAUAGGAAAGAUGAUUUCACUCCUGAUAGUAGUUUCAAGAAACUGAGAAUGCUUGAUGUGUUUGCUGGCUGUGGAGGAUUAUCUGAAGGUUUUCAUCAAGCCGGAGUAGCUGAUUCAUGUUGGGCAGUUGAGAUUGAUGAGCCAGCUGCUCAAGCUUUCAGACUAAACUACAGUCAAACAACAGUAUUCACUGACGACUGUAAUAUACUGCUUAGUUUAGUAAUGGAGGGUGCUAAAACUAACUCCAGAGGUCAGUCCUUGCCUCAGAAAGGUGAUGUUGAGUUGUUGUGUGGUGGACCUCCUUGUCAGGGAUUCAGUGGAAUGAACAGAUUUAAUUCGAGAGAAUAUUCUCAAUUUAAGAAUUCACUUGUCAUCUCUUAUUUAAGUUUUUGUGAGUAUUAUCGUCCUCAAUUCUUUCUACUUGAAAGUGUCCGUAAUUUUGUGUCCUUCAAAAAGAGCAUGGUUCUUAAACUAACACUGCGCUGUCUAGUAAAGAUGGGCUAUCAGUGUACAUUUGGUGUCUUGCAAGCUGGUCAAUAUGGAGUACCUCAGACAAGAAGAAGAGCUAUUAUACUUGCAGCUGCCCCAGGAGAGAAGCUCCCUCACUUUCCUAACCCAACUCAUGCAUUCAGUCCAAGGGUCUGUCAAUUAACUGUAGUGGUCAAUGACAUUAAGUAUGAGGGGAGUAUAAGAAUGGACUCAGCUCCCUACAGGACAAUUACUGUCAGAGACUCGAUGUCAGACCUGCCUCACAUUAAGAAUGGAUCAGCUGUACGCUCCAUGAACUAUAAUGGAGAGCCACACUGUCACUAUCAGAGACUGAUGCGUGGUAAUCAGCACCAGCCAGUGUUGUAUGAUCACAUAUGUAAAGAGAUGAAUCCAUUGGUUGCUGCCCGUAUGAGGUACAUACCAAUUGGGCCUGGAUCAGACUGGAGGGACCUUCCUAAUAAAUGUAUUAGACUCUCUGAUGGAACUACUGUACCCAAACUUCAAUAUAGUCAUCAUGAUAAAAAGAAUGGGAGAGCUAAGAAUAAGUCAUUAAGAGGUGUCUGUUCCUGUGCCACUGGUCAACCUUGUGACUCUUCUUGCAGGCAGUAUGGGACCCUUAUACCAUGGUGCUUACCACAUACAGGUAGAGAAUAA